GGUUCCCUUGUUUACAAGGGUUGAUUUACAAGUUUACAGGUUGAUUUAUGUCAUGGUCGCUUGUUCAAACGUGUAAACCAUAUGCGUUAAAUUGAAAACAACAACAAAAAACUGCUUGGAUUGAAUGCGUUAGAAUACUUGGCAAGAGAUGCUGUGGCGUUCUGCCAUGUGUUUUUGUUAUGGCACAGUAAUGGACAAGCACCUCAUGUAGCCCAAGCUACUUGGAAAAAUUAUUUCCCAUUGUAUUGGCUACUCCCAAAUCACUGGGCAGGAUCUCUUGGUAGGAGUCCUAUAAUGAAGAAAAGAGGAAGGCGUGCACGGCUGCCAGAUGCGUCUUGCCAGACAACCCCGGCGCAAACCGUCGUUACGGUGGUCAAAAAACCUGGGCGGAGAGGGAGACCCAAAAAUGCUCUUAGAGUUGCACAGUCAUCGGUCUCUAGUGACGGAGAUGUCGAUAAAGGGGACGGGUCUGCAUUACAAUCAAACGCUUGGUUGGCUGCUAAGACAGAGACGAACGAGCAGCCGGUGAACCGACCCAGACCUACUGGGACAGGCCGAGUGUCUACCGCAUUCUGUCGUCUAUGUCAUGGGAAGUUCUCACCGCGGCGGCUGCGGCAUGCCUUCGACCGGUGGCCAGGGAGGUCUCUACAGGAGCCCGACUCCCAGACAGAGCUGUCUGGACAGUCUCCACUGCUCUUCCACUCAGACUUCCAGCGUCUGGUGGGAGUCCCGUUGGUCCGCGAUCCCCAGCUCCCACAGUUUGUGUGCAAGAACUGUCACACCAAGUUCUACAAGUGCCACAGGAUCCUGCUCGCCUUCCUGCAGAGGGUCAACCACCAGCCUGGGGUGGGGGAGAGGGCCAGAGACCGGAAGAAUCAACAUUGUUCUCAGUCGGCAUCAGUGGACAACAGCUUGACAGCUCCCUCCAUGCCCUCGGACCCCCAGCGUCUCCACGGCCUGGUGUCUUGGGCGCACCGCCACGGCGAGGCCUGCCGUUCCUGCCCCAGCCUGAAGGAGGUGCUAGAGGGCCAGUGCUGGGGCUCGGUCAAGGCCGUGUGGGGCUGCGUCGACGGGCACAGCUUUGUGAUGGACACCCAGACCCCCCAGCCCAGAGCCAGCCCUGGACACACAGUGACCCGCGGAAGUGACUGUGGCGGGGGCUCGUUACUGGACGGUGAUGGUCAUUGGCGAGGCGAUGGAGCUCCUGAGGCGAUCGCCUCCACCCUGACCCAACCCAGCCCUGCAGCCACCCCCCAGACCCAGCGCUCCAUGCAGGUUGACACCACCACCACCAGAACGGAUGACUUCCUGGCUAGCGAGGAGACCCCGCCCCCUGUGACCCCUCCUCUGGAGGACAGGACUGGUGACAGCGACUUCUCAGACAGAGAUGGGUCGAGCGAGGAAUUUGAAGGUGACCGGAGAAAGGACGAGGAUGUUGAGCUGUUUCAGCCAUACCCAGAGAAGAGAGUGGCCGCGCCCAGGAAGAAGAGAAGCGCAGCAAAGCCUUCGCUGGAGCCCAAAGAGAAGAAGAAACCAGGUCCCAAGCCAGGCUGGAAGAAAAAGUUCAAGUUAGAAAGAGAGGAGCUGCCCAACAUCUACAAAUGUCCGUACCAAGGCUGCACAGCUGUGUAUCGAGGAGCAGAUGGGAUGAAGAAGCACAUCAAGGAGCACCAUGAGGAGGUGAGGGAGAGGCCCUGCCCUCACCCUGGCUGCAACAAGGUCUUCAUGAUCGACCGCUACCUUCAGAGACACGUCAAACUCAUCCACACAGAGGUGAGGAACUACAUCUGUGACCAGUGUGGCCAGACCUUCAAGCAGAGGAAGCACCUGUCCGUCCACCAGAUGCGCCACUCUGGAGCCAAGCCACUACAGUGCGAGGUGUGUGGUUUCCAAUGCCGCCAAAGGGCCUCCCUGAAAUACCACAUGACCAAACACAAGGCAGAGGCCGAUCUGGACUUUGAGUGCGCCAUGUGUGGGAAGCGCUUUGAGAAGGCCCACAACCUCAACGUCCACAUGUCCAUGGUUCACCCCCUCACCCAAGGAGGGAGCAGCACCUCCUCUCUCCCCCAGGACCCCCUCGUCCAGACCAUCUCAGCCACGGGGGAACUCGUGGCCCAGUUGAACAACAGCUUGCACCCUCCACCUCAGAGCCUUGAACACAAGUGGCAGUGAAUCCCACGGACUGAGGGGGGGAAGGGGGAGCCAGAGGAGAAGGAAGAGGUGAGGGGGGGGAUUCAAGGACAGAGCUGUUGCCCUGGCUUUCCAACAGAUGUCUUAAUGUUGGUGGUGGAAUCCACAGGGUGUAUCUCGUAACACACUAGUGUAUGAAAUAAAUGACUGAACAACAAACUAGUUGGGUUGCUAGGCAGGUUUGAGCAGAGGGCAGCUCAAACAUGGGACAUUUGAGUUGAUCAAGUACAAUGAGGAGGUAUUGACUUAUGGCUUGUGUAGGAUCUGAGGAUGGAGGUUAGUAUGGCUGCAGAAACGACUGAAAGCCAAGAAACACGUGAUUCUUAUUCCUGUGCUGUUGUAAUAUUCAGUAAUGUUAUAACAGCUCAAAUCUCCACACCUGAAGCGCUUCUACUUCUUGUGGUCCACGAGACAAACCAAGAAGACAGUUAUCUUUAGAUUAGGUGUUUAUUUUUAUUUUAUUAAGUUAUUGUAGUGCAUUGUAAGUCAUUCAUUUCAACUUUACAUUAUAUACCAUCAGAAGGGCUAAAGGUGUUUGACAGGGACAUUUUUUUUGAAGUCUUCUUGGAUAUACAUAUGCACCUGUGCAUUUAAAGUGGCCUACUAUG